ACUCAAGUCUUCUGGGCGGAAAGGCUCGUUCAAAUCCUGCCGUUGUUUAAUCAAACCAAGAUGUCGACGAUUCUCCCUUUGGAGAUCUGGGAUAGCAUCAUUGACCAACUAUCCGCCCAUCGCAGUGCGCUUUCUGCCUGUGGCCUAGCAUGCCGCAUGUGGGUGGCCCGUACCCGUUUUCAUCUCUUCCGCUCCGUGGAAAUCCGAGACGGCUUACGCUGCGACUCUCUUGCAAGUGUCAUCGAAUUGUCCCCGCAAGUAUUGACUACGUUGCACCCUGGUAUUUCCCAUUACAUCCGUCAAGUUGCCAUCUGCCCCUCUUUCGAUUGCUACUUUCCCCCACUCGAGGAAUACUUUCGCGAACUUUCUGCUUGGCUGGCGCACUCUCUACCCUCUGUUCUAAGAAAACUGGAUGCAAUGACAGACCUCAGUCUGGCAAAUGUCGAUUGGACGUGGCCGUUCAUCGUUGAGAAUCUCUACCCGGCUAUCGUAAGAAUCAGCGACAGGUUAGAAACCUUGUGCUUGUACCGUGGCCGAUUCAUGAGCCCUCGUCAGCUGAACAAUUUCCUUUUCGUAUUUCCACGACUCUCCAGCCUUGUCUUGGAAGCUGUGCACUUCAAAUCGCUGGAUUUUUAUACAGCUCCAAAUACAGAUUCCGCUACGCUCAUGGUCAAUGACGGCAUGGCAGGCAUUCAUUCCAAUUUCCCACCAUCUCACGAUAUGCGCCAUCGACAACAUCGAGACAGCAGCGCUAGGCCAUUGGUCGAUGGGCACCCUGCAGAGCCACGCCUGCGUAGACUCGAUUGUAGCAGUUCUCUCCCAAUGCCUUCAAUGGAAUUAGGACGUUGAUUGAACAGUCUGGACCCGCACUCCAAACUGUCCGGCUGAAGCUGACGUUCACUUGGAAUGCAGUACGGCGUCGUCGUCUAGAAUCGUUCCUCGACCGAUUUGACUUAUCGUGUAAUACCGGAAUAGAAUGCCUGAACAUCACAGUAGUCGAUUCUGCGUUGAGGCGGCAGACUAUCCCAUGUCAUUCCUGGAUUGCUUCACUCCUUGCGACAACCCAUGCUCCCUCCCUUCGUGAAGUGGAGGUAUGCAUCUGCCGCUACAAGGAUGGCGUAGGCGCUGACUGGAUCGAUUUACCGCGCCUGAUAGAAGCCCUGGAACUCUUGCGGCAAAAAUCCCGC